CGUUAGGUGGGGAUUGAUGCUUCUGUGUUUUGUUGCCGCUGCUGCCCUCGCGCUGGGAGCCGAGCCGGAGGGGAGGCGGAGGAGCGAUGAUUGCAGAGUUGGUGAGCAGCGCUCUGGGGCUCGCCUUGUAUCUCAACACCCUGAGUGCGGAUUUCUGCUACGAUGACAGCCGAGCUAUCAAGACCAAUCAGGACCUCCUGCCAGAGACGCCAUGGACACACAUUUUCUACAAUGAUUUCUGGGGGACGCUUCUGACCCACAGUGGCAGCCACAAAUCCUACCGCCCACUUUGCACGCUUUCGUUUCGCCUGAACCAUGCCAUUGGAGGGCUGAAUCCCUGGAGCUACCAUCUCGUCAAUGUCCUACUACAUGCAGCAGUGACCGGUCUGUUCACCAGCUUCUCCAAGAUACUCCUUGGGGAUGGUUACUGGACCUUCAUGGCUGGCUUGAUGUUCGCCUCUCACCCCAUUCACACGGAGGCGGUGGCUGGGAUCGUGGGACGGGCUGAUGUCGGCGCCAGCCUCUUCUUCCUCCUCUCCUUGCUCUGCUACAUUAAACAUUGUUCUACGAGAGGCUACUCCGCCAGGACUUGGUGCUGGUUCUUGGGGACUGGCCUGUGCGCGGGAUGCAGCAUGCUGUGGAAGGAACAAGGAGUGACUGUUCUGGCGGUGUCAGCAGUGUAUGAUGUCUUUGUCUUUCACCGGCUGAACAUGAAGCAGAUCUUACCUACCAUUUACAAAAGGAAGAACUUGUCUCUUUUCCUCAGCGUUAGUUUGUUAACUUUCUGGGGGUCCUCCCUUUUGGGUGCCCGUUUAUACUGGAUGGGAAACAAACCACCAAGCUUUUCCAACUCUGACAACCCAGCUGCUGAUUCGGAUAGCUUCCUGGCUCGGACGCUCACCUUUUUCUACUUGCCAACCAAGAACCUCUGGCUGUUGCUCUGCCCAGAUACCCUCAGUUUUGAUUGGUCAAUGGAUGCUGUGCCUCUGCUCAAGACAACUUGUGAUUGGAGAAACCUACACACUGUGGCCUUCUAUACUGGACUCCUCCUGCUCGCCUCCUUUGGUCUGAAGAGCCCUACAAUCGAAAGAGAAUGCAGUGGGAGAGUUGUGACAAAUGGCAAGCAGAAUGCGAAUGGACACAGUUGCCAUUCAGAUGUGGAGUACCGGAACUCAGAGAUGAAGCCCAGCUUUGCAUCCAAAGUAGAAAAUGGCAUUAAAAAUAAUGUGUCAGAGAGAACACAACUUCCUUCUACAGAGAACAUUGUUGUUCUGUCUUUAUCUUUAUUAAUAAUACCUUUUGUUCCUGCCACGAACUUGUUUUUCUAUGUUGGCUUUGUAAUUGCAGAGCGAGUAUUAUAUAUUCCUAGUAUGGGCUUCUGCCUUCUGAUUACAGUGGGUGCCAGAGCCCUCUAUGUUAAAGUCCAAAAGCGGUUUCUCAAGAGCUUGAUUUUUUAUGCUACAGCUACUUUAAUUGUUUUUUAUGGACUCAAGACUGCAAUCAGGAAUGGAGACUGGCAGAAUGAGGAAAUGCUGUAUAGAUCAGGGAUAAAAGUUAACCCAGCUAAAGCAUGGGGUAAUCUUGGAAAUGUUUUGAAGAGUCAGAGCAAAAUGUCGGAAGCUGAAACCGCCUAUAGGAAUGCCUUGUACUACCGCAGCAACAUGGCGGACAUGCUUUAUAACUUAGGGUUGCUUCUGCAGGAGAACAGCAGGUUUGCUGAAGCACUCCAUUAUUAUAAAUUGGCGAUUGGGAGCAGGCCCACGCUGGCUUCUGCGUAUUUAAACACCGGUAUUAUUCUAAUGAACCAAGGGAAGACGGAGGAAGCCCGACGUACAUUCCUAAAGUGCUCCGAGAUCCCCGAUGAAAACCUGAAGGACCCUCAUGCGCACAAGAGCUCGGUUACCAGCUGUUUGUAUAACCUGGGGAAACUCUAUCAUGAGCAGGGACACUAUGAGGAUGCCCUUACAGUAUACAAGGAAGCAAUUCAUAAAAUGCCAAGACAGUUUGCUCCACAGAGUCUGUACAACAUGAUGGGUGAAGCAUACAUGCGAUUAAGCAAACUCCCUGAAGCGGAGCACUGGUAUAUGGAAUCACUGAGAUCCAAAACUGACCACAUCCCUGCGCACCUCACCUAUGGGAAACUACUAGCCCUAACAGGUCGUAAGAGUGAGGCUGAAAAGUUCUUCUUGAAGGCUAUUGAGCUGGACCCCACCAAAGGAAACUGUUACAUGCAUUAUGGUCAGUUCCUCCUGGAAGAUGCUCGUCUCGUGGAAGCAGCUGAGAUGGCAACAAAAGCAGCCGAGCUAGACAGCACUGAGUUUGACGUUGUCUUCAAUGCUGCCCACAUGCUCAGACAAGCUAGCCUCAAUGAAGCAGCUGAGAAGUAUUAUGACUUGGCAGCCAAGCUGAGGCCUAAUUAUCCAGCCGCCCUGAUGAACCUGGGAGCCAUCCUGCACCUCAACGGCAGACUCCAGAAGGCUGAGGCCAACUACCUGCGGGCCCUGCGGCUCAAGCCCGAUGAUGUCAUCACGCAGUCCAAUCUUCGGAAACUGUGGAAUAUCAUGGAAAAGCAAGGCCUGAAGACUUCGAAGACCUGAUAGGAGGCCUUCCUCGUCCUCCGUUUUUAAAAGCUGGUUUCAUUCACAAACAAAACUUCCCAGCAGGGGCCUGGAUGAGCCCGUGUUAGACUUCAAGACCACAGACCAAGGUCACCGAGGGCAACUGCCACUUCUGCGAGAAUCUACUUUGUUGUUGGCGCAGCUGUUAACACCAAAAAAGGGGAAGCAUUGAAUCUUCUUGACCGAUAUAGUUGUCACCCAUAGACUGUAAACCCAAGCACUUAAGACCGGAUCUGUUGGCAUUCUUAAAAAAAAAAUGGGGAGAGUCUAAGUUACAGAUUUUGUUUGCCUUCGAAAGCUAGUUUCAAAAUUAUUUUGUUCCUUAAUCACUGUGAGAGGAAAUAAAGUGUCCAGCGGCCACGGUCAACAUAAGAAGGCCGAGUGUAGGUAGAGCGCGGUUGAAAAGCAGAGUGAAUCCAGUGACUGCCUGGUCAUCUUCAUUCUGCGCUCGGUCCUCUUGGGGCAGCCUGUUUAUUCAUUCCUAAAGCUUCUUCGAAAACAUUGUUGUGGUUGUUGAGUUAAAUACUGUGGCAGGAUCUGUCAGAAUCUGUGGUGAUGCCUGCCCUCCACAACAUUGGAUUAUUUGGAUGCCACGGGCAUCAUCACUCGUAGGAACAGCGUUUGAUUUUCAUGUUCUAAAAAGAAUAUGGAGAGCAGGGCUUUCCACGCUUCCCAUUGGUUUCACUCCACCUGCCUGGUCGAAUUCAUUGUCAUUAUCCCUCCUGUUGCUCUUCAGUCCAUUCUGGCUCCCCCUGGUGACUCCUGUGUUAGGGAGCAGAACGAUUUCAUAGGGUUGCCACCCAGGCUGUCCGCAGCACCGCUGGUUGCUCUCAAACUUCCAUCCGUUGGGUUAGCAGUUUACUGCAAACUGCACAAGGCCCUUGGGGACUCCUGAAGACAGAGCCUAAUUCUUAGGCUUCUGAAAUGACCUUCUAAAAUGGAUGUUCUGGGCUAACCUGCAUGCUUUCAUAAGGAUUAACUCAAGGGAAGUUUCUAAACUUUGCAACUCCAAUACCUAAGCAGCAGUGGCGACAAAAGGGAGACUCUUGGUGCUUCCCAGAUACUGCUGCUUGAAAAGCCAACUCACCCCAAAAGGGGCAUGCCAUGAUGGUUGCCAGGGAGUUUGCAUUUUGGAAAGAGUUAGUGUGGAAUGCUAACCACUUUCUCAUAUAUUCCUAAAUAGAGAUGCUAAUAGAUUGUCAAGUAAUUAUUUUUAUCAUAUUCUUAUUUUGUUCUUCUCACAAAGAUGCCCACGAUGACUUAAGUCAAGCCGCAGUAGAGUGUGGCAGAAGCCCAUGUGUUUCUAGAUUUUUGUCAAGUGUCUUUCUCACUUGAAAGCUCCUCUUCCUAGCGCGUGUGGUAUUUAUUUUAUGACUUGUUAGUAGUCCCUUUAAUGAUCAUGUCAUGAGAGUAAAACUCGGGCAGAAUGCAUACUGAAACAUGUUUGAGUCAUAAUCCAACUCUGUUACGAAAACUUAACUUGUCGAUCACGGUUCCAUUAUUACAUCGUUGUAGAAAAGAAGCUUUGCCACACCCUACAUAUUUAUUUAUUUAUUAUUCUACAGUAGCAAGCUAACAAAAUGUAAUUCAUUAAGCAAGUUCUUUGCAACAUAAGUUAGUUUUCCUUUGCCUCUUUCUCUCCUUUCUUUUCAUAUUCCACAUAUAUACAUCGGAUCAGCAUCCCCACUGAAGAAUCCCUGGGUAUGCAAAUAAUCAUAUUAUCUUUUCUCCAUAUUGUUCGUGUCUUACUAUAUAUCUGAAUACAGUGGGAUAACAGGUUUAAAGUAGUGUGCCUAUGGCGUUAAUGUUUCUGUGAUAAGGGCAAAUGUAGGGGGAAGAAAAAAUGAUGGUCUUAAUAAAAAGGUCCUCUGAAAUAUGUUUGUUAUUUUGUAAACAUUUCAUUAAAGGGCCAAAAGUACAUUAAAACACUUUGUUUCCAGAGUAAUCACAACAACAACAAACCUGUCAUCAAACCAAAAGAGUGGGUUAAGUAUAUUUUACAUUCUCUGCCGCAUUGGAAAUUACAAACUUAAAACAAAUUUAAUAUAAAGAUAUAAAGAUAAUUCAAUGUCUAACAUUUAUAUUUAUUUAAAUAGUUAUUGACUUAAGAUGGGUCCCUGAUCUUAACCUUAUAUGUUGUUGUUUUAAUUAUUUCUCUUUCCCCCCCAAAUACUUGGUUCUUCAUGUGUUCACUGGGUGCGCCGCAGUAGAGGCACUCCAUAGUGGUCCAGUUCCCAAGCAGCAACGAUUUCCGUGCCUGUGUCAUAACAUACCUGGGUCUUUACUAACUAAUGUCCCUGACAUUUUUCAAUACAAGGCCAGGCUCAUUGGCUGGCCAACUAAGGAGGGUGGACUGGGGAAGGGAGGGUUAUUAAAACAUGAUCAAAAAAAUGUCUCCGCUCAGGGAUUUAUGGUGGAUUAUUGCAGAUAGUGCUAAAAAUUACAGAGCACAACACAAGUUUACUAAAUUAAAAUUUUAUUUUUUGAGAAACUGUUAUUUGUAUAAAUUAUCAAGAUUUGUAGGCUUUCCUUUUGUAGAAAUAAUUGUUUUAUGUGCCAGAGAAUUUCAAUUUUGUUUUCAACA